AUCGGGGCGGUGGGCGCGGGGGCGCAAUGAGGCGGGGCUGAGGCCGGGCCGAGGCCGGAGCGGGAUCGGCAGCGGAACGGACACCGAGCCCGGCGGGCCCGGCCGCCGCGCCAUGCGAGCGGGCUGAGCGGCGGGCAGGGCCGGGGCAGGCACCGAGCGGCCUGCAAGUGCCGGGGGCGCGCUCCAGUAGGAUCCAAGGUGCUGGUGUCUCACCCUGCCUGGAGCCUGAGGUCCCGUGUGCCCAUCUGCCUCCCGACGUCACCAAUGCGACCAUGGGAACUGGCAGUGAAUAGGCGGCCACCCUCUGCCCCUUUUAACCAGCGCCGUAUCUCGGGGGGACCCUGCAGCAGCCCCGACCACCUCCGGCGAAGCCCCCCUGCCAGGCGUCAGUGGGGACGACACGACCGACCUCUGGCAACCCCCCUGGGCCAGGAUGAGCCCCAGCUGCACCCUGCCUUCCCCCAGCAGCCGCACAUCCCUGUAGAUGAGCCCCGCGUCUACGCUCUCCCCAGCACGCUGCCACGAAUGCUUCACCCAGCCGCUCACCCCCCCCACCAGAACCCAUUCAUGGUGGAUCUGCAUGACCAGGUGCACCAGGGAGCCGUCCCUCUCUCCUACACGGUUACCACUGUCACAACGCAAGGCUUCCCCAUCCACGCCGGCCAGCACAUCCCUGGGUGCAGCACCCAGCAGCUCCCAGCAUGCUCAGUGAUGUUCAGUGGACAGCACUACCCGCUCUGCUGCCUCCCGCCCCCGCUGAUCCAGGCAUGCGCCAUGCAACAGCUCCCCGUCUCCUACCAGACGUUCCCCCCCAUCAUCUCCAGCGACCAUUACAUCCUGCACCCACCCCCACCGCCAGUGCCCCCCCACCAGCCACCCCACAUGGCCCCUCUGGGGCAGUUCCUACCUCUUCAAGCCCAGCACCCGCGCAUGCCUCUGCAGAGGAUAGACAAUGACGUGGACCUGCGAGGGGAGCAGCACCCCAUCGCGGGCUUCACUUACCCCCCAUCCCACCACACUCCCACACUGUCCCCCUCCGUACCGCUGCAUUACCUCCCCCACGACCCGCUUCACCAAGAACUGCCAUUCGGCGUGCCAUACCCCCACAUGAUGCCCCGGCGGCUGAACACCCAGCGGUACCGGCUGCAGCAGGCGCUGCCCCCCCCGCCACCCCCUCCGCCGCCCCCCCCGUACUACCCGAGCUUCCUGCCCUAUUUCCUAUCUAUGCUUCCUGUGUCGCCGACGGCCGUGGGGCCGACGAUCAGCCUAGACCUGGACGUGGAUGAUGUGGAGAUGGAGAAUUACGAGGCGCUGCUGAACCUGGCCGAGCGGCUGGGGGAGGCCAAGCCACGGGGACUCACCAAAGCAGACAUCGAGCACCUCCCGUCCUACCGCUUCAACCCCGAGAGCCACCAGUCUGAGCAGACCCUGUGUGUCGUGUGCUUCAGCGACUUCGAGGCCCGGCAGCUUCUCCGCGUCCUGCCCUGCAACCACGAGUUCCACGCGAAGUGUGUCGACAAAUGGUUAAAGGCAAACCGCACGUGCCCCAUCUGCCGGGCGGACGCGUCGGAGGUGCAGCGGGAGGCGGACUGAGGCUGGCGGGCACUGUGCCGCACAAUUCGCUAGAGGACGAGGACGCCGGGCCAGGGGCGGGGGCCGCUGCCCGCUGCCAGGGCCUGACCCUGCGCUUACCCCCCCUCCCCAAAGCCUCUCCUCAGAUGUGGUGAGCAUUGAGCAGUCCGGGCUCCUGGCCUGCCCCCCUCCUCCCCGCCGGGGCACGGACUCGGCCGGACGCCUGCCCGCUGCGCUCCUGGGGCCCCGAAUCGUGUUGUGCUGGAGGCGGGAGGCGCGUGGCCGUGCCCUCCGUGCUCCAAAGACGCUGUUGUUGCUCCCAUCACUUUCCAGGUCUUUGUACUCCACUAGGGAAAUAGUGUCUUUUCCCUUUGUCGCUUCUUUUUUUUUUCAUGGUAGAGUUUGGGAUUUUUUUUUUCCCCCGUUUCCUUUUCCGUCACGUUUUUGGUUUCAUGGCCGUUUGACUUAGCGGCGCGCAGGCAGCUCCUCCCCUCGGCGUCGCUCGCGGAGGACGCGGGGAGGAGAGAGGAGGGAGCAACACGGGUUGAUGCCGGCGGCACCCCGAGCCAGAGUGCCGGGCCAGCCCCAGGGGCAGCCGGAGGAGGCGGCCGGCGGAGCGCGGCCAAGGUGGGACACCAGCAACCCCGCGGCGUGUCCGGGGCAGAAACGGCUCUGUCCCUGCUCCCGCACGCAGCCCCACGCAGCCCCUCUCCUGCCUCAGCUGCCCUCCGGAGCCCUGGAGAGCUAUGGCUGCUCGGGGUGUUUCCCUGGUGGGAGGAUGACGCUGGUGCGGCCCCGGCCCCUCUCCCCGUUCGCUCCCCCGUGCUCAGCUCAGCCGGCACAGCUCGCGGGGCUGGAAGGCAGCCAGGCCCGAGGGGGACCCCAGGCCCGAGGGGGACCCCAGCCCCGUGGCCGUGCAGUGGCCCUGAUGUGCCGCCCCAGCUCCCACUGUUGUUUCUGUGUCGCGCCGCCAUAAACCGAAACAGCCCCGUGCCCCUGUCCUGCUGGCUGGGCGGCGUGGCGGGGGGGCCUCCAGCCGGGGAGCUGCGGCGGGUGCCCCCGGUCCCCGCACUGGGAGGUUUAUCUCUAACCUCGUGGUGUGUUUUCUGUGCCGCAGCCGUGCGGGGCGAGCUGUGAGCAGCCCCCCGGCCGCCGUGCAGCCCCUGCACACCGAGGGCCGGGGGAGCAGCUGCCGCCGCCCGACUCCGACAGUCCCGCGUGGCUGAAGUUGUUUUGCAUGAUUAAUUACUGAGGAGGGUGACGGGGGGCGGUGGGGGGGCAGGACAGCCCUCCCCGCGCGGCGCGUUGCUGACGCCUGGCAGCCUCCGAGCGGACGGUGCCAGCCCUAUGUAAAUGUUCACAAAUAUGCAUGCAUGUCUGACCAGCUUGGAACGUGGUCUUGGCUACGUGUAGCCGGCUGUGGGGUGAGGGGGGUGGGGAGAGGGGUUUUUGUGCUCAGCUGAUACUGCCAUGCACUGUACUGCACAUGUCCGCAACGCCACAGCAGGACCGUGAGACUUUCAGGGCCGUUCCCCGCCGGGGCCUGCGCCCCUCCGGGUGGGAGGCGGCGGCCGGGGGGGGCACCCGCGGCGGCGGCGUGUGCAAGGGGCCGGGGCGGGGGGGGAGGGCUGCUCCCCGCGGGGCGGGGGGCGGGCGGCGGGGCCGGGCCCCGCGGGGCCCCGACCGCCCCGGAGCUGGGUGUGAGGGCAGGGUUGGGGUGGGCGGGACAGCGCUCCCCGCGCUGCCACGCCAUAGGUCUGGGGCGCGGUGCCAAUCACCGGGCUGCUGAGGGUGGACCCGCUGCCGAUUGGCGGAGGGCCGCGCACUGCCUCUGCCACUCAGCGGGCCCCUCCUGGGGGGCGGGCCCCGCUCCCUGCCCAGCCAGUCAGGCGCAGGGGGGCAGCACAUGCCGUGUUGCCAUUGGCUGGCUCCCCCUUGCCGCCCUUUCCCGACCUGGUGCCACCGGCUCCGCCGCGGGCGCUGGCACCGCUGGGCUCGGUGCCCCUUGGGCAGGAUCCCGGUCCCCUCCCCGUCCCUCGCUCAGUGACAGAUAACCAAAGGAGUCCCCGUGCCGCGCGGCGGCCUCGCGCCUCCGGAGACGCCCCCUCGUCCCUUCCCGCCCUCGCGGUGCCCAGGGAGCCAGGAAAGCCUUACGGUCCUUUGACGGCGACUCGAAAGCUCACAGCUCGUGUGCUGCAGAAUUUAUUCCAAUGAGCAGCUAAAAGUAUCAUUUAAAAAAAAAUUACAAAAAAAAAAUACUAAAAAACAAUUAUUUAGGGUGUUUGUGAUUGCUGACUGCGCUGUAGAUACCACUGUUUACCAAUGAUUUCCUGUGGUGGGAUAGUGGACUGUUUACUGUUCUAUUAUACCAGUCCCCGGGCCCUCCAGUGGGGCCCCCGCGGCCCCCGGAAGGUGCUAGGACGUGUGUUCUGUGUUAGAAAGUUUUUAUAUAUAUAUAUAUAUAUAUAAAUAUAUAUAUAUAAUUUUUUUUGCUCUGUUACUUGCACAUUUUACAGUUACCUCAUUUUUCCCAUGUAUGUAUUUGAAAAAAGGCUAAUAUAUAGAAAAAAAAAAAAGGUUCUUAAAGCUCUAAAAGUGUUUGGUUUUUUUUUUCCAUUCCAUUGGAAUCAUAUUGGUUUUGUAGCAUUUAACAUAACUAGUAUGUUGUAUUAUAUAUAUGUGUAUUAUACUGAUUGAAAUUUUUAACAGAUUUGUACUUUUUUUAAAAUGAAAGUUGCUAGUUCUGCUUGACCAAGUAGUGCAAUCAUUAUUUUUUUUAAUGUUGUGGCUGAUUUUGAGAGGGAUAUUCACUAAUAAAUGUAUGAUGUAUACCAA